AUUUCUGAUUUUCUUCUCCGAAACCACCAAUUCGACGAUGAUUCUGAGGAAAGUAUGGGGAUCGGUGUGGAACCGAUCGAAUAGUGGCAAGGAUUUGGUGAGUCAUCAGAGAGCGAUGAAUCAUGUUCCUCCUCCUCUGUUGUUGUCUUCUUCUUCGUCUCUUGGUGCGUUUGAUCAGCUACCAAUGGAUAUUCUAGUUCAGAUAUUGAUGAUGAUGGAGCCAAGAGAUGCUGUGAAAUUAGGCUUAACUUGCAAAGCCUGGAAAUGUGUAGCUGGUGGUAAUCGUCUUUGGAUAUUUUAUCUCCAGUGUUCUCAAGAGCCAUGGGACUCCAUUUUCUUCGCUGAAACUAGUUUGCGUUCUGGUUAUCCUCUCCGAAUGAUUUCUAGUCAAUCAGGAGAGUUGUCGUUUAUGCACAUUUAUAGUCAGAGGGCACAAGUUCCUGGUUCUAUCAUUAUCGAUGGUGGUUCUGGAUAUUGUAAGUUUGGUUGGAGCAAGUAUGCUUCACCUUCUGGACGUUCUGCUACUUUUUUGGAAUUUGGUAACAUUGAGUCGCCCAUAUAUGCUAGACUUCAACAGUUCUUUGCUACCAUUUUCACCAGGAUGCAGGUGAAGCCCUCUAUGCAGCCAAUAGUGGUAUCACUACCUCUCUGCCAUUUUGAUGAUACUGAAUCGGCCAGGGCAUCAAGGCGGCAACUCAAGACUGCUAUCCUCAAUGUCUUGUUUGACAUGAAUGUUCCUGCAGUGUGUGCAGUUAAUCAGGCUGUGUUAGCUCUAUAUGCAGCACGGCGGACAUCUGGAAUUGUUGUCAACAUUGGUUUCCAAGUCAUCACCAUUCUUCCAAUUUUGCAUGGUAAGGUGAUGCGCCAGGUAGGUGUAGAAGUCAUUAGUUUUGGAGCAUUGAAACUCACGGGCUUCCUUAAGGAGAAGAUGCAAGAGAACAACAUUUCCUUUCAAUCACUCUACACUGUUCGUACUCUUAAAGAGAAACUGUGUUAUGUGGCUCUUGAUUAUAAAGCUGAACUUUCAAAAGACACACAAGCUUCAGUGGAAGUUUCAGGUGAAGGAUGGUUUACUUUGUCAAAGGAGCGUUUCCAAACAGGGGAGAUAUUAUUCCAACCACGUCUCGCUGGAAUGCGUGCAAUGAGUCUGCACCAGGCAGUCUCGCUCUGUAUGGACCACUGUGAUGCAGCGGGACUUACAGGUGACGAUAGUUGGUUCAAGACGGUAGUACUAACUGGGGGAAGCGCGUGUUUGCCUGGACUCGCAGAGAGGCUAGAGAGAGAACUGCAUGAACACCUUCCUUCAUCUAUAAGCAAUGGAGUCAGAGUAAUCCCUCCUCCUUGUGGCGUGGACACAUCAUGGCAUGGGGCAAAGCUUAUCAGUAACUUGAGCACCUUUCCUGGUCCUUGGUGUAUCACAAGGAAGCAGUUCCGCCGCAAGUCAAGACUCAUGUGGUGAAUCUCUCAGCCUUUUUUUUUUCUUUUCCUACCAUCGCGAAGACAGAGUGAGAGGCAGGGUACAGUUGUUCUAAGGUACUUUUUGCAAGUCUUUAGAUAAGGACGUAUAUGUAUAGUGUCAUACUUGAUUAUACUCAAAAGCCAUAAACAGCAAACAAUUGG